UAAAGAAAUGGACGAAAAUGCAACGAUAACGAGCAGGUUAAUGUAAUUAAUAAGACACAAGGGGGAUAUGCGAGGGCGAACAUGAACGGAACCGUGCAGAUGCAAUGACAAGGCGGCUGCGUGAAUCCCAAGAGUCAUUUCGUUCAAAACGGAAAACGGAAUAAAAUAGCGUGCCCGUUAGCGCAUUCUGCCCAUACUGACGUAUUUUUUGUUGAAAUAUACAAAAUCUCCUUUUAUCUGACCAUAAGCGGUUUAUGAUAAAGCAGUUAUUAUUUUUGAAGUAGCGGCUCGUGUCUUUUUAUACGUCGCCAUGGUAACGCCACAAACAGCAGCGCACCCCCUAACAGUAAGAAGUUUUUAUUUUAAUCUGGAGACACUUCGGCUCUUUAGAGACUUGCGAUGAUUCAUGUCUUCGUAAUAACCUCAUAUAUUAUAAUAGAGGCGUUUUAAAACUUCCGCUUCACGUAGCCUGUACUGAUUCCACAGCCGCGCUUUUCGAAACGCCCUUUCUUUCUAAGGCAUGACAGGGUACAAUAAACCUGAUGUAAGAGAACAUGCAUAAAUAUACGCGACAAUAAAUGGAAAGUAAAAUGUCAACGCACUUUUUGGGAAUAUGACCCGUUUUAGACUUUACAUAGACCAUUACACGGCCCUUAAGAGAAAUUGCAGAUUCAGGCUAAUGGAAAUGAAAGCAGCUGCUCUCUCGUUUACCACACGCACGGACCCUGAAAUAUUAAUACUGAAGCUUCCUCCUUAACUGGGCGGACACCCGGCUUUUUAUUUAUUUAAAGUAGCCAGCGCCAAUUUAAAGGUCUUAAAGACACGCAUCGAGCACGUUAAUACGAAUGGUUAAGUUCUGAUUUGUAUGUAAGGUACUUUACAGCCGCCUGUCACAUUAAUCCUCUUAAAUACGGGCGGACAGGAGCGCUCCAGCCGAACAGGUCCGGUUACGACUGAGAGCGGCGCUCAGACUGACGGGCAGCGCGCCCCGCAGCGCAGGCAGGGCGGAGGAUAAGGGCAGCCGGCUCCCGGGCGGAUCGAGCGCUCUUUAAAUUGCUGUUUGCUCCUCGUAGUUAUUAAACUGCAGGUUCUGGGCUGUCAGCUGGAUUUGUGAUUAAGACCCAAAGCGACAAGACUGGUGGAUACAAACCCGCUCAGCUAUAAUCACAAAGCAGUCCUGAUAGUGUUUUUGUUUUAUUAUUAUUGUGGGAUUUUGGCAUCUAUCUCCAGUGGAAAACCAAGACACUCCGGUCGAAUUGGUUGGUGUAGCGUACCAGUGGAGCAGAGUUGAAAUAGCAGGAUCGACCCCCCCGAUGGAAAGCUAGUGGCACUGCGGAGUCAGGGGACCGUGGAGAUAUGGUCAAGCACCAACCCUUGCAGGUGUACGAGAGGCAGCUGUGCUUGUCAUGCCUGACUGGGAUCUACGGCUGCCGCUGGCAGCGGUACCAGCGGUCGCAUGACGACAGCACGAGGUGGGAGCGACUCUGGUUCUUCAUUCUCUGUGCCAUCUUCCUCCUGGUCCUCGUCUGGACCUACUUCUGGUGGGCCACUCAGAAUGACUACAGCGAACUGAACUGGCUGCUGUAUAACAGAUCGGGGGAGUGGACAGACGGGACUGUUACCAUAGUUGCUGCCACAGCUGCCGGCUUCACCUAUGUUACAUUUUUAAUGAUUUUGGCAGUAUGUCACAUCCCGGUGGGACAGCAGCUGCACCUCUACUGGCUGCACAAGGUCAUGCUUACUGCAGCGUUCCUGACCACAGUCGUUGGGUUUAUUUACAUCAACGGCGUUUGGGGUGACGAAUGGAAGACUGUGCUCAUAUCCCUGCAGGUCAUGGGCCCUGUUCUGCAGCUGGGAGCCCUCACUGUCAUCACACUGCUGGCCUGGGUGGUGGCGGGACAAGUCGUCCGUGCUGAGAGCAUGAACAGCCAGGUGGCGCUGGCACUGGCCUAUCUGGCUGUUCUGCUCACCGUCUACUUGGCCCCACUCGCUAUCUCUUCCCCCUGUCUGAAGGGCCAGGGGAACUUCAGUACACGGCCUGCUGUCCUUGGUCGCCGUGGUGCCCCCAUGCUGGCGCCGGAGAACACGCUCAUGUCUUUCCGCAAGGCCUUGGAACAGAAGGUCAGCGGGCUGGAGGCAGAUGUGGCUAUCAGCCUGGACGGCGUGCCCUUCCUGAUGCGGGCCGGCUCGCUGAGGAGGACCACGGACGUGCAGAAGGUGUUUCCCAAGCGCCAGUGGGAAGACGCCUCCUCAUUCAGAUGGGCGGAGCUGUCGGCCCUCAAUGCCGGCCGCUGGUUUGUCAGGGAUGACCCCUUCUGGACAGUGAGGUCUAUGACCCCCCAGGAGAUCAGCUGGGCGGCCAACCAGACAGUGUGCAGCCUGGCGGAGCUGCUGGCGUUGGCGGUGCAGUUCAACACCUCCGUGCUGCUCCACCUGCAGCGUCCGCCGCCUGCGCACCCACAUCACCUGACCUGGCUCAACGACACCCUGCAGACGGUCUUGCGCUCUGGUGUCCUGCAAAAGCAGGUGCUGUGGACCCCUGACUGGGAGCGGGAUAUGGUCCGGCGUGUGGCAUCUGGAUUACAGCAGACCUCUGAGGAGAAACUUCCCGUGGAUGCUCUGCAUGAACGAGGCCUCCUCCGCCUCUAUCUGCGCUAUGACCGGCUUUCUGCGACCGAGAUCCGGGAGCUUUCCUCGCAGAAUGUGAGCGUCACUCUCUUCACAGUGAAUGCGCCGUGGCUGUACUCGGCACUCUGGUGCAGUGGGGUCUCCUCAGUCUCUUCCGACGCCCCCCACAUCCUAAAAAACGUGCCUUCACCUAUCUUGCUCGUGAGCCCUGAUAAAUACUGCUUGGUCUGGAUAACAUCGGAUCUCAUCUCAUUUGCCAUUGUUAUCACAGUGUUUACGUUCCAGAGAAAUCGACAAUGGCAUGGGGGGCACCGAGGGACUGUCCCUGUACACAGAGAAUGGGUACGACUGCUACACCAACGAAGGUGUUUCCCAUUGACUGUGGUGUCACCUAGUGGCAGCAUCUGGAACUGACGGGGAGGCACACUUUUUGAAGCGUCCCCCUUGGACGCGUGCAGUGCCUUUCCAGGCGGUGUGGACCAUCUGAAAUGGGUCGGCACCGCUCAGCUUGUGGACUUCGGUUUCCUUCUGGGACUGAGACGACUGUUCCGGCACGUUCUCUGUUGCGGCUGGCCCCUCCCCCGCCCCGUGGUCCCUGACUGAAACCACGGGACUCUUCAAGUAUGAGGCCCCUGUCAGCUGACCGUUUGAAUCGAGUCCGGUUUACGCUGGAUAUACUGUCACUGUUGUAAAUGGACCCAGCAGAUGCAGAAUGUGGAUCUGGGUAUCCAUGUGCAGUCACUGUCGCCCGAUGAUAGGCAGAAUCAGUGGGUGUGUGUGUUUAUGUGACGUGUUAACAUGUAACCCCCCCCCCCUACACACACACAUACACACGUGUGCCAUUCUGCGUAAAUUUUAUUCUGUACGAUUCCCAUUUUAAUGAGAAAAUUGCGAGAACGACAUUUGUUCUGUUUUUAUACACACUUUCCCGGCAUGAACCCCUGAAUAACGACGUGCUUUCUUGGCUUUUUAAGAGGUGUUGUAUUUAUUGCAAAUUUUAUUAAAUGUGACAUGAAAUCCA